CUCUCUCUCUCUCUCUCUCGUUUUUAGUUUACUAUUCUCAUAAGUUCCGUCGACAAAUCGUUAAUAAAAAUCCCAACGCCUAUAUCACAAUUUCCGUUCGGAAAACCAGCAGAAAAACCUCUGAAUUCUAUCCAUCUCACGUAAAUCCUCUUUCAAAGAUCCAGAAACCCUACAAAUACCUUGAAGAGAACGAUAAAAAGUUAGUUUGCACCACCCACCUCACAAACUCAUCAGAAAAAAAAAAGGCAAAAAAACCCACAAAGAUCAAAGGUUCACCUCAUUUUCUUCUUGACAGAAGCACCAUUUCUCUGUUUCUCCGCUUCACGAACGAUGUCCGAAUGUGUGUUUUCAAAGCUCUCUGAUGACGUUGUUCUGAAAAUACUCUUCAAGCUGGAGGACGAUCCUCGAAACUGGGCUCGACUCUCGUGCGUUUCCACCAAAAUCUCAUCUCUGAUUCGCGACAUUUGCUGGAAAAUCAAAUGCUUGCAGACCAUACCCUCUGUCGUUUCCAAUCUCUUCUCCACCACCGCAGCACCGUCCGGUAGCUGGGCCGCCCUCCACAAGCUCGCCGUCUGCUGCCCUGGACUUUCCCACGCUGGUGUCCUACUUGAAAACUCUGAUUUCGGACUGGAACGCGAGCUCGGCCCUGAUGACAGUUAUCAAGAAAAUAAAUUAUUUCAAUCGGGUCCGUCCCAAACAAUGCCUCCUUCGAGCAACGGUGAUGGUAAUUCCGAGUCAAUAGCUUGUGUGUCAGAUUGUGGUUGGUCUCUGUUCGAUGAUCUUUAUCACGAUACCCUUUACAAUCCUUCUGAAUCAUCUCAAGAUUGGCCCGAAAUAAUCGAAGAGCCGGAAAAGGGUGUUGUGAAACCGGCUUCAGCUUGUGAUUUUGCUGUUUCUAAGAGAAGAAAGAUUUGUAGAUCACUGGGGUCUCAUUUGGCAUCUGGGGUUUGGAGUUUAAACCGUGAACAGGGCAAUAAGUUGCUCGGGAGUCGGUUUAAAGGGGAUUGUUUGUACAUUUGUGAUUGGCCUGGUUGUGUUCACGUUGAGGAGAAGCGAAAUUAUAUGCUUUUCAGGGGGGUUUUCAAGAAUUUCAAGCAGUCCAGGGUUUGGAGGACGAUAAAUGAUAACGAUGGGAAUCGGAGAAGGAUUGAUCUGAGUUGUGCUUUUUGCUCUUGUAAACAGACUUGGGAUUUGCAUUCUGCGUUUUGCUUGAGGCGGUAUUUCGGGUUCCAUGAGGAUGGUGAGCCACACGUUCGAGCUUAUGUUUGUGAAAAUGGGCAUGUUUCUGGAGCCUGGACAGAUUGGCCUUUGUACACUUGAAAUUGGCUGUCUCUUCGUCUUCCAUGGGUGCGUCUCUGUUUUGGUGGGUAGAUGCUGAUUGUUGCAAGGAAGUAUCAAUAGAUAGCAGCAGUGUGUUUGCCUUUCUGCUUAUUUAUGGGCUUACUACUACUAAUGUUAUGACGAAAUGCUAUCGAGUCUAGGAGGACGACACAGACCCACUAACGAUCUACUAAAGGGCAAUCGGGCAACUUCUAGUCUUGAAUCCCUUCAAAUAUUAUCGCAACUUUACAUUUUAUAUAAAAAACCUAAAAUGGAAUGAAAUACAAGAGCACGAGUUAUGUAUCUUCCGGGGGUAGCUUGGCAUCGGUUCAAACCCAAUUCGUGAGAUGACAGAAGAAGUUUAACUAGAAUGAGCCAACGCUCUAGUAACCCUUUUCGAGUUCGAUUAUUGUACUUUGACAUAUAUAUUUGGCAGCCCCUUGUAGGAUGCAGCAGCUUCAGAUUUCUGGGCAGUCUUUCAUGACUUGUUAUUUUAUCAAAUUGGCUUAUUUAUGGAUUUAGCACUUCUAAUGGUAUUGUUUGAUUUAUGAUCUGUUAUUCUGGUAAAUUGGCCAAAAACAG